CCUAAGUCUCUAUCUAUCUAUCUCUUAAUCAUACUCUCUCUUCAUUAAAAAAUAAAAACAUACAUCAUACCUAAUUAGUUGGUCAAACUUUUGAUAAAAUGUGAUAUAUUUUGAUAUUAUACUUUUUUAAAUAAGGGUAAAAAUGAAAUAAUUUUUUUUUAAUGUGUUUCAUUCCGUCUAAAAAUAUGUUUCGGUUGGGAGGGGAGAAGCCACUUUGUGUGUCCACAGGUUCCUCGACGGAGAUUAGUCAUUGUUAACGGCGGUGAAAACUUCAUACCAAUAUGAUGGUAAUCCAAAAAAAAAUGUUUCGUUUACAAAGUCUAUGUUUUGUUAUAUUUGGCUCUGUUUGAGAAAUCUAUGUUUCGUUUUGUUUGGCUCUGUUUGUUUUAAAUUAUCCAAAUAGAGCCUGAAUAGUGAAUCACAUCAGCUCUCCAAAAUCGAAGACCACCAAUCGACGACGAACAAUCCCAUCUCUUUGAGGCUUAUAUAUUUGCAUAUAAAUCCUAAUUAGAAGAUUAUACAUGACCCCUUCAAUAGUGAUAAAAUUUUACAGCAUGUUUGAAAAUUCCAUGGCAAUACUUCAGUGAUGUAAGCUCAGAGGUAUUCAAGGAAAAAAUGAAACUUCAUGGAAGGCAAAGCAGUCAACUCUGUGUGCUGUCAUGUUGACAAAAUACAAACUUUUAAUUAAUCAAAUUUAUUUGAUUUAAAUGUGUGACACAUUGAUGUCAAGCACAAUUUGCAAUCAUGGCAUCAAUAUCCUUAUCUUCCUUUACAUAUGGAUGGAAGUAUGACGUGUUUCUAAGCUUCAGAGGUCAAGAUAUUCGGCAUGGUUUUAUUGGCUAUCUGUACAAAGCCCUGUCUGGUAGGGGAAUUCACACCUUCAUUGAUGAUGAGGAACUUCAAAGAGGGGAACAUAUUAUGCCAUCACUUGUCAAGGCAAUUACAGAGACAAGAAUUGCGAUCCCUGUGUUCUCUAAGAACUAUGCUUUUUCGUCAUUUUGUUUAGAUGAACUUGUUAACAUCCUUUCCUUGGUUAAGGAGAAGGGUCGGUUGGUUUUGCCGGUUUUCUAUGACGUGGAUCCUUCUGAUGUGAGACAUCAGAGAGGUAGUUAUCAAGAAGCACUGGCUAGACAAGAGAAAAGAUUCCAAAAUGACAAGGAGAAGGUGCAAAAAUGGAGGAUAGCUUUGUGUCAAGCAGCUGAUUUGUCUGGCUAUCAUUUCAAACAUGGGAAUGAGAAUGAAUGCGAGUUUAUAGAGAAGAUUAUUGAAGAGAUCUCCAACGUUAUUAAUCGGGAUCCUUUGCAUAUUGCGGAUUAUCCUGUGGGAUUGGAGUCUCGGGUGCUAAAAGUAACCUCGCUUUUAGAUGGCAGAUCUGAUGGAGUCUGCAUGGUAGGAAUCCAUGGUAUUGGUGGAAUUGGUAAAACAACAGUAGCUCGAGCUGUUUAUAAUUUUAUUGCUGAUCAAUUUGAAGGUUUGUGUUUUCUUGAAAAUGUAAGGGAAAAUUCAAUUAAACACGGUUUAGUGCAUCUCCAAGAGACACUUCUUUAUGAUAUUCUUGGAAAGAAGGAUAUUAAGUUAGGAAGUGUCUAUAAAGGAAUUCCAGUAAUAAAGCAUAGGCUUCACCGAAAGAAGGUUCUUUUGGUUCUUGAUGAUGUUGACAAACUAGAUCAGUUGAAGGCAAUAGUUGGAGAGUCUAGUUGGUUUGGUCGUGGCAGCAGAGUAAUCAUUACAACUCGGGACAAGCAUUUGUUAACAAGUCACGGGGUUGAAAAAACAUAUGAGGUAGAUGGGUUGAAUAUGAACGAAGCACUCGAGUUGAUUUGCUGGAAUGCUUUUAAAACUGACAAAGUUGAUUCAAAUUAUGAGAAUGUUUUAAAUCGUGCAGUGAGUUACGCUUCUGGUCUUCCAUUGGCUUUGGAGGUAAUGGGUUCCUACUUGGUUAGAAAAAGUAUAAAAGAAUGGGAAUCAGCAAUAGAUCAGUUUGAAAGAAUUCCUGAUGAAAAAAUCCACAACAUACUUAAAGUUAGUUUUGUUUGUUUGUCAGAAGACCAGCAAAAAAUAUUUCUUGAUAUUGCUUGUUUCUUCAAAGGAUAUGAUUUGUCAUACGUCAAAAAAAUACUUCAGAUUCAUCAUGGUAUCUGCCCAGAAUAUGGUAUUGGAGUGCUGAUAGAAAAAUCUCUCAUAAAGAUAACUUUGAAUGGUCGUGUAAUACUGCACGAUUUAAUAGAGGACAUGGGCAAAGAAAUUGUUCGACAAGAAUCACCGGAGGAGCCUGGAAAACGUAGUAGGUUAUGGUUUCAUGAGGAUAUAAUUCAUGUUUUUGAAGAAAAUACUGGAACUAGCAGUAUUCAAGUCAUAAUUCUGGAUUUCCCCAAUUUUGAAGAAGUAGUAGAAUGGGAUGGAAAGGCAUUCAAGGAGAUGAAAAACCUCAAAACUCUUAUUAUUAGAGUUGGUGGUUUUUCCAGAGGUCCUGACCAUCUUCCAAAUAGUUUAAGAGUAUUGGAAUGGUGGGGAUAUCCAUCGCCAUCAUUACCUUCCAACUUUCAUCCGAAGAAACUCGUGAUAUUGGAGUUGCCGCAAAGUUGCUUAAUGUCACUUGACUUGCUUAUACCAAAAAAGUUUGUGAACAUGAGAGUUUUGAAUUUUGAUGAUUGUGAGUUUAUAACAGAGAUACCUGAUGUGUCUGGUGCUCCAAAUUUAGAAGAAUUGUCAUUUGGUGAUUGCAAAAAUUUAAUUAAAAUUCAUGAAUCAGUUGGAUUCUUGAAUAAACUUAAAAUGUUGAAUGCUGAUGGCUGUAGCCGGCUUGGGACUUUUCCACCCAUAAAGUUGAGCUCUCUUGAAAAACUCAAGCUUUCAUCUUGUCACAGUCUCAAGAGUUUUCCAGAAAUAUUAGGAAAGAUGGAACAUAUAACAGUACUUGAUUUACUGGACACUCCGAUAAAAGAACUUCCAUUUACAAUUCACAAUCUUACUCGGCUUGAAAGAGUGGUACUGAUUGGCUGUGGAAUUGUUCAGUUACCAAGUAGUAUUUUUGGGAUGCCGGAACUUCAUGAGUUGAUUGCCGGGGAAUGUACAAUGCUAUUACCAAAACAGGACAAUUUUGAAGCCCAAGCAAGCUCAAUGGUCUUAAAUUUAGGGCUUUCAGGCUGCCAUGUAUCAGACGAUUUCCUUCGAAUUGGUCUCCCUUUGUUUUCUAAUAUCAAAGAGCUGUACCUGUCUCAGAAUGAAUUUACAACUCUUCCUGCAUGCAUCAAAGAUUGUUACUUUCUAACCAAAAUUCAUUUGGAUGGUUGCAAGAAUCUCAAAAAAAUUUGUGGGGUUCCACUGAACUUGGAAACAUUAUCUGCAAAAUGGUGCACAUCCUUGAAAAAUUUAGACCUCACACUUCUUCCUAAAUGCGUCAAAUUAUGUCACUUUUUGAAGACACUUAUUUUGGAUAACUGCAAGAAUCUUAAAAAAAUUAGAGGUGUUCCACCCAACAUAAGAACUUUGUCUGCAAGAGACUGCCCUUCCUUGAAUUUCUGGUGUAGAAGUGUGUUACAGAAUGAGAAAUUGCACGCGGAGGGCGGCGACAAGGAGUUUCACUUGCCAGAAACCUGUAUUCCAAUGUGGUUCACGCACCACAUCUAUGGUCAUGAUGCAUCAAUUACUUUCUGGUUUCGUAAAAAGGUCCCUGCAAUAUCUCUAUGUCUUGUUGUUCGACCCGGAACAUAUGAAGAAAUUAUUCAGCCCAGAUUUAUCAUCAAUGGAGAUAGAAAAACAGAUGUAUGUGAGAAAAAUAUCUAUGAUGGUGACCGUGUGUGCAACAGAGUAGUGGAUCAUAUAAUUAUUUUUGAUAUAAAGUCAAUACCAAUUAAAUUAACUGAUGUUAUUUUCGAAAGCGAAUGGAAUCAUGUGUUGUGUACACUAUCUGGUUUGCGAAACAAACUUUUCAUUGAUGAAAUUGGAAUCAGAGUAUUCAAACAAGGAAUCAACAUGGAAGACAUCCGAUUCACCAAUCCACAUUUGCUGAAAGAUAAGUAUAGAUCGAUAUACAAUAGAGUUUUGCACGGACAACCUAUGAUGCAUGUUGAAGCUUCUUUGGAUAAAUUACUCCGUUUACUGCCCUACCGUUAUUUCUAUUAUUUAGCGGAGUAUGGACACAGUAUUUUUGUUCUUUAUUUGUGCUUUAUUUUCCUGGAUAUAGUUUCUAAGUGUAUUGAAGAUUUUGAAUAUUAUAUUAUUCCGUCAUGUAGAUUACUUUGCUCUAUUUUUCUACUAUAUUAUUUGAUAUUUAAAUCUUCACUUUAGAGAUAAUAUUUGUUGUACAGAUUGUUUCUAUUGAAUAUAAGAUCUUAUUCUGAUUUGAACCUUAAUUGUUCGUUGAAUUAUAGCACAUAUAUAAAACUUAUUUUCUUCCCUUAUUUCUGUUUCUGUUAAUGCAGAAAUUACAUUGAGUAUUGUUUACCUUUUUUCAGCUAUAAAUGGUUUAUCAGUUUGAUGCAUCUCUUCACUUCCUUUCAAUAUCAGGUUUGAGAUCUGAUCUGACAAUAUUUGAAUCAGCAGCAUUAACAUUGUGUUUCAAAUGAAAGAGUGAUUGUAUUUGCAUUUAAUUGAAGCUUCUCUUUGCAACAUGAACUUCAUUAAGAUCAUGUUCAACCGUAAGGGCC